AAUUUUGCAGUUGGUUAAAUGCAAACGUGUCUCAUUACUACUUUCAUCUGAUGCAUUUGUGUCAUCUGUCAGACCACUAAAUUACAGCAUUGCAGUCAUUCGGAAGUGCAUACAUUUGCAUUGUGAGAAUCAAGAAUAUUUAAUGUGUGGAUAAUAUUCUGGCGGCGGGCUGUUACCAAUUGCAUUCUAAAAUGUUGGCAUCAAAAUUGCUAAUCACCCUAGGAAAUUCAUAUAAUUUUCCAAAGAACCUUGUGAAGGCGUUUGUGGUUAUGUAUUAUUUCUACUACUUUUCAAACCUAAAAAGGGGAAACAAUGGCAGUCUGUUUUAUAUCUAACUUGAUAUCAAGACUUAAGAAAUUCUGCAUCAACUGUACGAAUUCGUUCAAUGUUUUACAAAUGUCAUUCAUUACCAGCAUAUCUAAAAUAUUGACAUUUGUUAUUAAGCACUUCUAUCCAGAAACAAGUUAUUUCAACUUACUGCAUUCUUCAGGAAAUGUGAUGAGGUCAGGGGCAUUUUUCGUGACUUGUGAAGUUGCUGAACAUGGGCAAUUUUGCUAUACUUCUAACUGACCGCUACUCCGACUCUUAAAAGUGGAGUUAUUUCACACCAAACCAUCAUGUUUAAACACCUACAGAUUUUGCGAGGGCUAAGCUAUGCAAACUCAGAAUCCUGUUGUGCCAUCUUGAUGAGGAGGGAUGCUUCAUCCAGCACGCAGCACCACAAGCCCAACCUCCUGUCGACUUAGCCAAUCUGCGACCUAAAAUGAAACUGAAUGUCAACUGUGCAAAGCCAUGGCUGAACAAGACUGUCACUUCAGGGACAAGAACUCCAUUACUGUUUAACUACUCACAAGAGCCACACCAUCCCCAUUCCUAGCCAUCCACAGUCGAGGCCAUACGAACCUUAGUCCAGGCAGCCUACUCGGGAAGCCUUUGUGUCAGCGUACAGGAACCCACUCAACCUGCUGCAACACUACACACACACACUAAUCUGACACAAAAUACAAAUUCCCACCUCUGACUCCAGAUGCUUGGUAUCCACAUGAAAAAAUCGCUCUUAGCUUCUGUACUGAAGUGUAGUCUUGGAAAUGACUAGACGAGAAGUGCCCCUAACUUCCUUCUGGAUCCGUGAUAUACUCAGCUGCUGCAAAGAUUCGUGGUCCCCGCGGACCCCGGAGGUAAAAGUGGACAGCCCAGGGACCGGCAAGCAGACGAGGGCAGAGUUAGUAGCAGAGAGUACUAGGUCUCUUGUUGAACUUCCAGAUCACCUACAGCGAGGAAGCGAAGAGAAUGACCUGCAUUACUGCACUGACCGGGCAAUUUCAUUCCGGUCACAGAAGGAGAGGGGACCCCCAGUGUCCAGCACUCUCCAGCCUUCAGUGGAGCCCACACACCUCCAAUCAAACAGCAUAAGUAGCAGCAGCUAUAGUAGUCAGGAAGAGUACUGGUCAGCGGAGGAUACCAGCAGCUGGGAGCUUCCCACACCUUCUUCACACCAAGCUACAGAUAUGCAUACAGCAUUAGAAAAAGGAGUCCCGGAGAUUCAUUCCAAAGCUGGAAAAAAGCGCUCUCGGGCCGCCUUUUCCCAUACCCAGGUGUAUGAGCUGGAGAGGAGGUUCAACCACCAGAGAUAUCUAUCAGGGCCGGAGAGAGCUGACCUAGCUGCCACCCUCCAGUUAACAGAGACCCAGGUGAAGAUCUGGUUCCAGAACAGGCGCUACAAAACAAAACGAAAGCUGCUGUCUACUGAGCUAGGAACUUCCAACACAGUACCCACCCCUAGAAAAGUGGCUGUUAAGGUGCUGGUAAGAAAUGACCAAAGGCAGUAUUCUCCGGAGGACCUACUAAAUGCUCAAGUCCUCCCCAUUUACCAGGCCCGCCAUUCUUAUCCCUACUCAUUUUGUUGUGCUAACUGGACCUCUGAUGCACCCCACAUUGUGAGACCCUCUGAAAAAACAGACUCUCUUCUGCGGGAUGUUUGGACAGCUGCUACAGCAGCCUUUACAGGAUCGAAUUGGGAAAUACUCUACCAGCCCCUGUGUAACGAAAUAGAAACCCAAGGUGAGGUACAGUGUCCAAACAGAACAAUUCACACCCAGUGUCACUGUCUUCCCAGGAAUUGUGAUGUCCUGUUAAGUAAAUGUCUCGACAUUAGAUCAAACAUUCCUGACAAAAGCAUCCUCACACAGCCCAGUCCUAGCCUGCAUCCGAAUCCCUUACGGAUGCCUUUCUGGACAGUGUCAGAAGACAGAUGA